ACGACCCCGGCAGUCUGUCAAUGACGUCGAAGACACAACAACAACAAAACAAGCAGCUGGACUGCAGACAAGGAGCAAACAAGAAGGGUACGUUCAUAUUCCAUGGCGAGUAAGGUUGAAAACGACACUGAUGAUGUUCUGACUGCGGUGCCGUCGGCGGGCGUAAGUGCAUCGGUCCGGUCUAGUGACUCAGGUGGGGCGAUGGCGGCGGGGCAAGAGGAUGAGCCAGCCACAGUAAAGCACUGUCCAUAUGCCGGUUGUUCAGUGUCUGGUUUCAUCCUUAACAUUGUCAACUGGAAAAGGCCAUUCAGAACAACGGCACUUUUUGCUUCCCUCAAUUCUUUAUUUUGGUUUGCAGCCCUAAGUUCUUACAGAGCUUACUGUCUUCUUGCCCUAUUCAUGGCCCUGAUGGUGACAGUAGUGACAGUCAAAGGCGUAGCUCUCUCCAGAUCUAAAGGGGCCCACUUAUGGCAUAGUAUGACUGGAAGCUGGGAGAUAGUUGACUCUGGACAGGACAGCAGGGCUGGGACUCAGUUCACCGACUCCUGGAUGAGCCUCAAGCUCUUUAUACAGGAGACAUCCUCUUUCAAGCAGCAGAACCCAGGAAAGUUUUGCUUGCUGGUUUGCAGUUUAUGCACCUUCUUGGCUGUCUUAGGACGUUACAUUCCAGGGGUAAUCAUCUCAUAUGGUUUAGUACUUGCCAUUUUCCUGUGGCCUCUGAUGUCAUCGCAUGAGUUUGGGUUGUGGCUGGAGCCAGUUCUGCAGAAGCUGGACUUCGGCGUCGGCGAGUUACUUCAGAAAAUCAAAGUGAAUCAUGAAAAGAGACUUCUUGAGGCCCAAACUGAGAGAGAGAACAUUGAGGCUGACCUCUCCUCCCUGUUCCCCAAGAUGGAUUCUACUGUGUGUAAGGAGAUGUCAGUAUCGGACACAGAUGUGUCAGACAUCACAUGGACGGAGAAUGGAACUUUCAAUCUGUCAGAAGGACACACACCCCAGACAGAAAACUCAGAGGACCUUGACCGGGAAGAAGUGUUUAUUGGAGGCCUCCCAGAAUUCCCCUCUCUUGACAAUGGCAUGGGGACAAAUGGUGAAGAUGAUGAUGAUCUCAGCAUUGGUCUCCCCACCCCUCCCCCACAUCCUCAGUAUCCAGUCAGUUCCAAAGGGGAAAUGCUGGUGCAGCCAGUUGAUGCUUCGACCCAAGCGUUGAAACUUGUUAACAAAAUGGCCAGCGAUGCCAUCACUGCUGCUGUUACUGCCGCAAUCCAGGAGAGAAUAGAGGCUGCCAUGGGUGUAACUGCUGUGGAGCCAGUGCGGCAGAGAAUGCCUAACCCUGUGACCUUGGCACCACUAGACCUGGCAGAGGACUCAGAGAGUGAAGUAGAGGACUUUGAGCUGCUUGACCAGUCAGAGCUGGAGCAACUGGAAGGGGAGUUGGGUCUAGGGCAGAAAAGCCAGACCAAAGUUGAAGUCAAUCCCAAACCUAGCAAGCCAACCUCAUCUGGGGGAUUCUUCUCAAAGCUCCUUGGGCGCCGUUGAUUGGAGGAACCGGAGGGGUUGUCAUUGGCCAUACUUAUUGAGGACUGUAGGGUUUGGGGAAAAAUAUGACGGUAUUUCCAGAUAACCUUUUCAAGUUGAACUGCUGUAGGAACACUCCUUCUACAUAUAAUGUAUAGAAAAUGAUCCAUCUGUAUGAGAAUCAUUAACGUGGGAUGGUGGUCAGACUUAUGCGCUGUGGUUGCAUGGUAAGGCCAUGUUUAGGCCUGUAGUGUUAUGUGGGCAGGAACUAAGUGGGUCUUCCAGAUUUUGCUGCCAAAGUAUUUUUGUUUUCUUCAGAAUUGUCCCAUUCACUAAUCUGUCAUAAUUCUACAGCCUUAUUUGACCAGACCCAAAGACAACAUGACAAUCACCUGUGCUUUCAGUGUAGCUUAUUGUACUGUAUGUCUAUGUGUAAUAUUAGUUUCAUGCACAUUUAAGUCAGGCAGUACUAGGCAAUAGUUAACCGGAACAUGCAACAAUGGAUUAGACAUAAUAGUUAAAGUCAACAUAUUUUGUAUCCUUUUUUUCUAAUUUUGUAUAUUUUUUCAUGAAAGACAUACAUAGUUGAUGGACUUGAUCUUUUGUUAUGACAUGCAGACAAGCAAUAUUAUGCAUGGAUAUCUCCGUUUAGAACAUUUUAGAGGUAAUGUUUUACUUAUAGUGCAUUGACAUGAAUGCUGACAUAAGAUUGUUACUGGCAAAAAUACCUCUUAUAACACACAACUGCUGUUCACAAUAAACCCACUUUGAAAUUGUGACAUGUACCAUAGUGAUUCUUCUGUUGUUAUUAAAGGGAUAGUUCAACAUGUUCAGCGUUUAGUGUGAUCUUGAUCUAGAAAUCAUCUGAUAAACUUGAAAAUAGGUAAAAUUCCUAGCUGGCCUUUCCUUUUGGACCAGCAUGGUCAACUAAAUCAAGAACUAAAAUUGGUUUAAUUUGAUCCAUUGUUAUAGUAGUUGUUUCAAAUUGGCUUGCAGCUGCCACAGCUGGGUUAUUCACAGAUUAAUUGAUUGUGCACUGAUAUUGGACAACAAGUUAAGUUUUGUCUUAAUUGUCUUGAACUUUAGCAAACAACAUGACACGUUUUGUAGGCCAACUACAUUUCAAACAUUCAAGCCAGCUAACCAGAAAGUUUGUUAGGCUAAUACCGUAUGUUUGAUUAAAAAGCUGACUUGAAUGAAAGAACAUAGUUAACUAUCCAAAUCCUUAAUAUUGGUUGCUUGAGACAUAAUUCAGAAAACAAAUAAAACAAAUUCAGCUUCUAGAUGUUAGUUAAACCAAGCUAAAUGUUAAAGAUGUUUCCAUCUCUUUAACACAUUUUAUUGUUUUCUUUCAGCUAUUCAGUGGGAUGGCUUUUUGUAUUUGUUAUAACAGUAUCCUUCACGGUGUUAAUAAAUAUUCUAUUUGAAUUUG